AUGUGGUCUGGAAAGCAUUCAAUUUUCCUCUUACUCUCUUUCAUUCUCUUUUCUCUGUUCCAUGCACCUGCUUUUGCCACAAAAAAGUCCUACAUAGUGUACUUGGGAUCGCAUGAGCAUGGUGAAGGAGUUACAGAUGCUGAUUUUGAUCGCGUUAGAGAUACUCAUCAUGAAUUUCUUGAAUCCUAUGUGGGAAGUUCUGAGAAAGCGAAAGAAGCAAUGAUAUAUUCUUACACAAGGCACAUCAAUGGCUUUGCUGCCAUGCUAGAAGAGGAAGAGGCAGCUAACAUUGCAAAUCAUCCAGACGUAGUGUCAGUAUUCUUAAACAAAGGAAGAAAAUUACACACUACCCAUUCGUGGGAUUUCAUGGAUCUCGAACACAAUGGUGUUAUUCCCUCUGAUUCCAUCUUUAGGAAAGCCAGAUAUGGUGAAGAUACUAUCAUAGCGAAUUUUGACACAGGUGUAUGGCCAGAAUCUCCGAGCUUUAGAGAUGAGGGCAUGGGACCCAUUCCUUCAAGGUGGAAAGGAACUUGUCAGCAUGAUACUACUGGUUUUCGUUGCAACAGAAAGCUCAUAGGAGCAAGGUACUUCAACAAAGGUUACAUUGCUUACGUGGGGCCAGCAGCAAUGUUUAACAGUACGCUCAACACACCACGAGACUAUGAAGGUCAUGGAUCACACACGCUAUCAACACUAGGAGGAGACUUUGUUCCUGGGGCAAAUGUCUUUGGCUUGGGUAAUGGAACUGCCAAAGGUGGUUCUCCUAAGGCACGCGUUGCAACCUACAAGGUGUGCUGGGCACCAGUUAAUGGCAAUGAGUGCUUUGAUGCUGAUAUCAUGGCAGCCUUUGACAUGGCUAUACAUGAUGGGAUUGAUGUUAUUUCCCUCUCUCUUGGAGGUGCUUCCGCCGAUUACUUUGAUGAUGGUCUAGCAAUUGGAGCAUUCCAUGCUACUCAGAAGGGAAUCCCUGUAAUAUGCUCAGCUGGAAAUUCCGGACCAACUCCUGGAACCGUUUCAAAUGUUGCACCUUGGAUAUUAACAGUUGGCGCAAGCUCCUUGGACAGAGCGUUUGACUCUAAUGUGCAACUCCACAAUGGACAGCGCUUCAAGGGAGCAAGCCUUUCCAAGGGUUUGCCGGAAGACAAGCUUUAUCCACUCAUUAAUGCUGCACAAGCAAAAUUGGCCAAUGAAUCAGCUGAAAACGCUAUUCUUUGUAAGCCAGGAACAAUAGACCCUGAGAAGGCGAGGGGCAAGAUAUUGGUUUGCCUUAGAGGUGUCAUUGCAAGAGUUGAAAAGAGUCUUGUUGCUUUGGAGGCUGGAGCAGCUGGGAUGAUUCUUUGUAAUGACAUAUUAAGUGGUACUGAGCUUAUUGCUGAUCCUCAUUUUCUGCCAGCAUCACAAAUUACCUAUGAAGACGGUGUUGCUGUCUUUGCCUACAUCAAUUCAACCGAGAAUCCGCUAGGAUACAUUCAACCACCAAAGACCAAGUUGGGGAUAAAGCCUGCUCCAGUCAUGGCAAGUUUCUCCUCUAGAGGGCCCAACACAGUCACUCCAGAGAUCCUCAAGCCUGAUGUCACCGCACCCGGUGUGAACAUUAUUGCUGCCUACUCAGAAGCGAAUAGCCCGACAGAGUUGCCCUUUGAUAAGCGCAGGGUUCCUUUUAUCACCAUGUCUGGAACAUCCAUGUCUUGUCCUCAUGUGGCUGGAGUUGUUGGCCUCCUCAAGACUCUCCACCCUGAUUGGAGUCCAGCAGCUAUCAAAUCUGCAAUAAUGACAACCGCUAGGACAAGGGACAACACUGGUAAGCCAAUGCUUGAUGCAGAAACUGUGAAGGCGACGCCAUUUGCCUAUGGGUCUGGGCACAUAAGGCCAAAUCGUGCCAUGGAUCCCGGCUUGGUCUAUGACAUAAGCAUCGAUGAUUACCUAAACUUUUUGUGUUUCCUUGGUUAUAACCAAACUCAGCUAAGCACGUUCUCUAGUGCUCCUCAUCGUUGUCCUGAUAUAAUGAGCAUCCUGGAUUUCAACUACCCCACAAUAUCAAUACCUAAACUCUAUGGCUCAGUUACUUUGACCCGAAAGUUGAAAAAUGUUGGGUCACCAGGAACUUACAUUGCAAAGCUUCGUGUACCAUCUGGUCUUUCCAUGCAUGUGCAGCCUAAUGUGUUGAAAUUUGACAGCAUUGAUGAAGAGAAGAGCUUUAAGUUGACAAUUGAAGUUACGAGACCAGGUGAGGCUCAAGUAUUUGGAGGUCUAACUUGGUCAGAUGGCAAACAUCAAGUGAGGAGUCCAAUCGUAGUUGGGGGCGUUAGAGGCUAG